AUGGCAGAGGGACAGUGCCAGUACAGCUGGAAAGCCGUCAUGGUUCGUCCAGCCAGUCAGCGGCAACGAGUUGUGAUUCGUCCAAUAAACUUGUCAGACUGUACUGUAACAGGAGAAGGAUAUGCUGCUCUGGCUGCAGCUCUCAAAUCAAACCCUUCACACCUGGAGGAGCUGGACCUGAGAGGAAACAACCCUGGACACUCUGAAGUGAAAUUACUCACUGAUUUACUAGAGGAUCCUGCCUCUAAACUACAGAGACUAAGGCUGUUGAGUAGUAAUGCAGCAGAUACAGGCCUUGUGUAUCUGACUUCAGUUCUGGGUGGAAACCCCUUAACCCUGACAGAGCUGGACCUGAGAGGGAAGAUAACAGGAGACUCAGGAGUGAAGCAGUUCUGUGCUCUACUGGAGGAUUCACACUGCAGAUUUAAGAAAGUCAACUUGUCAGACUGUGGUGUAACAGGAGAAGGAUAUGCUGCUCUGGCAUCAGCUCUCAAAUCAAACCCUUCACACCUGGAGGAGCUGGACCUGAGAGGAAACGACCCUGGAGACUCUGAAGUGACAUUACUGACUGAUUUACUAAAGGAUCCUACCUGUAAACUACAGAGACUAAGGAAAGAGCAUUUCCAUGAUGUUAUACUGUUUAAUGAAUCUGCAUAA